ACAAGACAGGGUCUAAGAGUAGCCCAUUAUAUCAAUGAGAAGAUUUCCAGGUUGACUCUUUAUUUGAAAUGUAAAAAUCAGUUGGACGUCGUUUGAAGAGGAUGCUCCGUGUCGGAUGUCUUGAAGAUGGAGCAGCUCCGCGCCGGAUGGAUGAAGAUAGAAGAUGCCGCCUGGAUGAAGACUUCUGCCCGUCUGGAGGACCUCUUCUUCCUGGCUUGGAUGAAGACUUCUGCCCGUCUGGAGGACCACUUCGCCCGGCUUCGUUGAGGACUUCGGCCCGGUUGGGUGAAGACUUCUCAAGUCACCCUGCAGAUCAUGGAGUUCAGCUCCAAAGAUAUGGCCCUGCAGGCACAAAAAAAGAUACUGAGCCAUAUGGCCACCAAGUCAAUGGUUAAUAUGUUUAUUGAUGAGACCAGCAGCGAGAUUCUCGAUGAGAUGUACCGGGUAUCAAAAGAGUACACCAAGAAUAAGACUGAGUCUCAUAAGGUCAUCAAGAACCUGAUUAAGAUUGCAGUGAAAAUAGGUGUCCUGUACCGGCACAACAAAUUCAGCCCUGAAGAGCUUGUUCUUGCCGAUGAGUUCAAAAAUAAGCUGCACAAUGGCGCCAUGACAGCCAUAAGCUUCUACGAGGUAGAGUACACUUUUGAGAAGGAGGUGCUAUCUGACAUCCUUAUGGAUUGUAAGAAUUUGCUCCUGCGGCUGGUGGAGAAGCACCUAAAGCCAAAGUCCCUUGGGCGCAUCCAGCAUGUUUUCAACCACUUUGGAGACCACGAGCUGCUUAGUCAACUCUAUGAUCCAAAAAGCACCUUACGGCCACAUCUGCAAAAAAUCUGCAAUGGAAUAACCAAAUUGCUUGAAGAGGGCAAUUUGUGAGAGACUCUGGAAUAAACACAAGAUGUAUAGGAGGUCAGAAUGUGGGAAUCAUGACUCCACUCUAUGAACAUUCCAUGUUAACAACAGUACAGCAAUCCCAGAAACAUUCACCUGUUGUUGCCAAAUAGGAGUACUAUCGUCUUAUUGGAGUUUUUACUGUUUUAUGCUUGGGGUACACCAGUUUCUGCCUUUGGGAAAUGGACUAACAAUGAGCGGAUUAUAUGUCAGCGGUUUUACAAAAUAUUAUUUUUUUGUUUAGAGAAGAUGCAAAGUAAUGUUUUUUUCUCUUGGACUGAAUGUGCACAGACGUUACAUUAUUUGAACAAAUGGCACCAGCCUGAAUAGCAGUCAGUGUUAUAUCAGUGACUGAAAUCACAGUGCGGACACAUCCAGGCAUUUGUCUAAUUUACGGAUUCCCUGUGACCAUGAAUUCCCGUCACACCUGUGCUCCUGGUUAUGUUUAUACAAUGGUGUUAUGUGGUCACAGUAACUACUGACCCAUGUUGUUCCUGCACUUAUAUAUAUGUUUUACUUGUCUUCUCAUAUCCAUUUAUUCUCUUUUCUUCCCUCCUUCCCUCUGCUUAUUUCCCUCCUCUUUGCAUUCUUCACCUUUCUAUAUUUCUAUCCAACUCAACAUUUUUUUCCUGAUUUUAUAAUUGACUUCUAUUAUUAAAUGUUCUUCCUUCUCUUGGUAUCUUUUGUUGAAAAGCAGGGACUUAAGCUCAGGCAUGUGUACGUGUCUGGAGCACUAUAUGACAGCAGUUUUGCAAGAAAGUUACCCAUAGAUGGCAGCUCUGUUUCUAUGUCAUGUAGUGCUCCAGGCGCCUACCUAAGUAAUUCCAUGGGAACCAAACAAAUAAGAUAAUAGAAGUCAAUUGGAAACUUUCUUAAAAUUGUUUGUCUGAAUCACAAAAGAAUAUUUCUGGGUUUCAUAUCCCUUAAACCACAAAAAUCAAGGAUGCAGGAGUAACUUGUGGUUUAAUUUUCUACAACCUACUACUCUCUCUCCUUUACCUCUCUCCUUGCUCUGUGUAGAGUACUGGAUAUGGUAAAAAGGCACUACUGUGUAUCUGGAACCUUUCAGCUCUACAGUACAUAGCAACUCGCUUAGAACCACUGCUGCCUUCAACUUUUUAUAAUGCUCGGAAAUCUCCUAUUAAUUUCCAAAUCUAACAUCUUUUGUGCUCUACCAGUCUCUUACACUUUACACUGUUCAUCUAUACACUUUUUUCAUGGGCUCUCAAAUGAGCCCUUUUAUCCAUUUACAGAUGAACACUGUGCUUAUUUUUUAAAGGGUUCAGCUGUAGAUAAUUUGUGUAACUGCAGAGUCUUUUUCCUACUGAAUUUCUGUGAGCAAAUCCAUCUUCCAGCUUGACCCUUUGCCCAUUCCUACAGCUGCCACUGCUACAAAGGAAUCUGGCUGUGAAGAUAAAAUAAACUUAUGUGUUUUUUUAUUUGUUAGUGUAUAUGGGAAGGUUUCUAUUAAAUACAAGAGAACUGAA